AUGUAUAAACCAUAAAUGAUAGAAAAAGAGAAAGAUUUUAAUUGUUCCAUGAAACAUUAACUACCAAUCACUAUGGUUGUUCUAGAUCAUAAAUUUGAAAUUAAUAAUAGAUUCUUAUGUCAUCAAUGUCUUGAGUAUUUUGAGUCAGAUGUGAAGAUGGUAGGAUUUAAGAAACUCAUCUAAACGAUAGAAGAUAAUAAGAAGAAAUAACUAGAACACUUGGAAAAUAUGAUUGCACCAAUUAUAACAAAAGUUUAGUCAAUUUAAGGUCAUAUAACUAAUUUGAAGUCUUUUCUUGUAUUAUAAUUGGAUUAAGUAAUGGACAACACAAAGGAUUGGAUAUCAAAUUUAUAAUCAUUAGGUUUAAAGCAUUCACAUUAUAGUCUCUAUGAAGAAUUAGAUGUUAUGAUCUUGAAUUAAAGAUCAAUAGAAAAUGAUCAGAUUAUUUAAGUAAAUUAGAUUAAAUAAUUAAAUGAUUCAAUGUCCACUAAAUUUAAUAACAAAUUGGAUUCAUUCAAGUAAUUUAAAGAAUAUCAAAAAUUUCAACUCUUAUUACUAGAAAUAUCAUCCUAAUUAGAAUAGAAUAUAAAUCUAUAUCAAAUUAUUAAUGAAAAGUAAUAAAAUAAGAAUUAAGUAUGUGACAGGAUUUCAUAAUAAUUAAGUCCAUGCGGAUUAUAAUUAAUAAAUGAUUCUGUUAAGUAAGCUGAAAUAUGUUAUGGAAUCGUAUUUGAUCCAACAGGGAAGAUUAUGGUUUCGACUAGCGAAAAGAAUAUUAAAAUAUGGAGUUUUGAAAAUGGCAAUGUCAAAUUAACACAUACACUUUAAGGUCAUUCAGAUAUUGUUAAAUGUCUUGUGUUUAGUUAGAUUGAAUAUUAUUUCAUUUCUGGAUCUUGUGAUCAAUCAAUUAGGAUGUGGAAAUCCUUGAAUAAUGAAUGGUAAAGUUCUUAGCCAUAUUAUCAACAUAAGAAAGAAGUGAAUUGUAUUAUCUUAACAUAAAAGGAGGAUUAAUUAAUCUCAGGUAGUAAUGAUAAAACAAUUUUGGUUUGGAAGAUACAUUAUAAGGAUAAUAAAUUGUAAUUUCUCUAUUCUUUAGAGAACCAUAAUGGUUCUGUUUAUUCAUUAAGUUUAAAUGAAUCGGAAAGAGUUUUGGCUUCGUCUUAGUAUAAUUAAAUUAUGAUUUGGCUAAAACAAUCAAAUAAUUAGUGGAUGUUUAAGUAGGUUGUUAAUUUAUCAGAAGAAGAAGGUGGAUAUCAUGUUAAAUUUUUAAACGAUGCUUAAUUUAUUUGGCUACAACAAAACGGUAAUAAUCUGAGUGUAUUUGAGAUAGUCGAUGGUUUGUAUUAAAAAAAUAAACAAAAGAGAGUUUAAUUAAAGAAAGUUGAAUUAAAGAAAUUUUAUCAAGGCUACACAAACAUAAACAUGCCAUUUUUUCCAAUAAUUCAUAUUCAAGCUAAGAGUUUAAUAUGCUUAAGAUAUUUAUUGGAAAUUUACAUAAUUAAAGUGCAAAUUGAUGGUAAAUUAUCAAUAAUUAACUAAUUAAAUUGCAAUCAUUGGUAAAUAUAUGGAACAAUAACCAAUGAUGGAUAAUACUUGGCAUUUUGGUGUAAAGAGGGAUACUAAAUACAUGAGAUAUUAUAUAAAUGAAACAAGCC